GCCAGUGCAAACGUGUUUUUUGCGACCUGACAGCCGUGCGACGGGAGAGCGAAAGCAUAAACAGAAUUCAAUUCCAAUUGGAGCGAAAUCUACCGAAUUUACUGAAUUGAAAAGUUGUCGAUCGGAUGCGGAAAUGAGGCCGCUGUGAAGUGCAGCACCUUCGAUUGCGUGACGGAAAUGGCUUCGAAAGAGACCAUACGGGAUCGGCAAAAUAGCGAACUCGAAGUGAUUAAGUCAAUUUACGGCCCGGACGUUGAGGACUUGCGUGACAACUCGGACGGAUGGAAGCCUCUUGACCUGCGGAUUCAUUUGACGCCGCUGAAAGGCUCUUCGGGCGACCAGAAAGUUCACGUUUGGACCAAAUUGCACGUGACAUGCCCUAACAAGUAUCCAAAAGUGGUUCCUAAAAUUUCACUCGAGGAGACAAAGGGCAUAUCCGACUCUUUGAUUGAGGAAUUGCUACAAGAACUUCAGAAGCAGGCGGCAUCGCUGAAAGGAGAGGUGAUGAUAUGGGACUUGGCGCAGACAGUUCAGGGGUUCCUCCACAAACACAACAAACCAAGCCUGAGCUUCUACGACCAAAUGCUCCAGCAAAGGCAAAUGCGCGAGCAGGAGAUGCUCAACCAACAGAAGUUGAAGGAAACCGAAGAACAGGAGAAUCUACGUGAGAUGAUUGAGAAGCGGAAGGAGGUGUUCAAGAACGAACGAAAAAGGCGGGAACCACGUCGCAGCAUCAGUGAAUCGAAUGCGGACAAACGGCGGCAGCAGAGUUCCUCCGAAAGUUCUGAGAACUCGUCUCCCUACUACCGAGGGCAUUGCUACCCUAACAAGUGCUCGGACCAUCGCAACAGCGACAUGCUCUACUUCCCAAAGGUUGGCAGGCAGAUCCGCAGGGGCUGUUGCUUGGGGCACUCACAAAAAGGCUACGUCGCUUACUCUGGAAUCGACGUCGACACCGGGCAGCUUCUUUACGUUGCGGAAUGGAAUAUAAAGUAUGCACACAUUGAACAAAAGUACAAUCCGAACAAUGCAAAUGAUCAGAAACUAUCGUCAACUGCCAAAGUUGACGAUUUCAUUAACGACAUCGAGAAACAAAUUUCCAAUUUAUCUCUCAUACGCCACAAGAAUCUCAUUCAUUACGAGUGUGUAAUGUGUAUGAAAAAGAAAGACGGCUUAUACGUUUAUCUUGUGCAGGACUUUGUUUUGGGCACCAGUAUUAGUAGCAUUACAUCAUCGCUAGGAUGGUGUGCCGAGGGUGCAAGCAUGGUGGCGAAAGGAGUUCUUGAGGCCUUAUUAUACCUUCACAAUAAUGGAGUAUCGCAUGACCACCUGAAUGAUACAACCGUUUUCAUGGACAAUACUGGCACGAUACGAUGUACUGAUUUCUCGGCAGUUCAGAAUCUUCUGGAUUUAAACGGAGAACAAAAGACUGACAAAGAUUUACCCGCACUGGGAGCCCUUAUAGAGUCCCUAAUGCCAACCCAACCCCCGGAAAUGAGAGAUUUUAUUGAUAAGUGCAAAUCAGACAGAACCUUAUCUGCAUCGGAUCUUCUCGAGCAUCCCUUCUUACGGCCGUCCUUGUUUAGUGAAGCGAAAGCAAAAAUAACGCAAGUUGCUGCAAACCAAAAUGAAAAUAAAACUUUAGCUCCAUUAUUUACGCAACCAUCGUUAACGGGUACACACUCAAGACUUCAUACUGAAUUUGAGGUUUUGCAGUGGCUGGGUAAGGGCGCUUUUGGUGAUGUUCUCAAGGUCCGAAAUAUUUUGGACAAUCGAGAAUACGCAAUCAAACGUAUACCAUUGCCAGCCAGAAGUCGUCAAUUGUAUCGAAAAAUGACCAGAGAAGUCGAAGUUUUAUCACGGCUUAACCAUGAAAAUGUCGUUCGUUACUUUAACAGUUGGAUAGAGAUUACAACUACCUCAGACUUGGAAGACGAUAAAUUUGGUGGAAGCGACUGGUCCUGCAGUCAGGAAAGUUAUCGGAAACCAACAAAUCAAGUUGUAAAUGCCAUUGAGUCGUCUGUUGCUAGCGAUAGUUCCAGCAUUGGUUUCAUGCAAAAUUUAGAUGAUUCUGAUUCUGAUGGUAUUGAGUUUGUUGAUUCCAAUGGUGAAGUUGCCGUUUACGAAGACGAUGAAGAUGACUCGGAUGAAAGGACGGAGGAAGAUCCCCAAAAGAAAACUGUUUCACCGAGACCCGUGAUCCAGGUCAUGUAUAUUCAAAUGGAAUUUUGUGAGAAGUUUACUUUGCGCGCUGCGAUCGAUGAGAAUCUCUAUGAAAAUACAGAACGUGUGUGGCGGCUUUUUCGGGAAAUUGCUGAAGGACUGGCGCAUAUGCAUCAACAAGGGAUGAUUCAUCGGGAUUUAAAGCCAGUGAAUAUUUUCUUGGAUUCUCGUGACCAAAUCAAAAUUGGUGACUUCGGUCUAGCUACAACCAGUUUUCUGGCACUGCAGAGUCAAGAACAUCAACAGCAAGCGCACACUAUUCCUCAGGCCAUUGAAUCUGGAACUGGUACCGGAAAGGUGGGAACAACGCUCUAUGUAGCUCCUGAAUUGACGGGAAAAGCAUCAAAAUCUGUUUAUAAUCAGAAAGUUGACAUGUAUACGCUCGGAAUUAUCCUCUACGAAAUGUGUAACCCGCCGUUUGAGACAGGAAUGGAACGUGUAAAAACCAUUGUGGGAUUACGUAAUGAAUCGAUUAUAAUUCCAGACAAUAUGCUUAACGAUCCAAAACACAGUAAAACAGUGGAGCUUCUUCGUUGGCUACUCAACCAUGACCCGUCACAGAGACCUACUGCUGAGGAGCUUCUCGCUUCCGACUUGGUUCCUGUUGCACAACUCGAGACUAGUGAACUUCAUGAACUGCUGCGACAUAUUCUCGCUAAUCCUCAAAGUAAAUCCUACAAACAUCUCGUAGCGAGGUGUCUGCAGCAAGAAUGUGACAAAGUCCUUGAGUUGACAUACCAUUUGGGACUUGUCACCAAGUCCUCUGUUUUAGAAAUAGUUAAGAAUAAAGUGAUAAAUUUAUUUCGUAAACAUGGUGCCAUAGAAAUCUCAACGCCUCUUCUUACUCCAUUCUCGAAAAACACUUACGUUACCCACAACCCCGUGAAAUUAAUGACGCAUUCGGGUAGUGUGGUGAUUCUCCCUAACGAUCUCCGUGCUCCUUUCGCCCGGUACAUUGCCAUGUCAGGAGCCAACAUGGUUCGCCGGUACUCAGUAAAUCGUGUCUAUCGCGAAAAGAAAGUGUUCAACUUCCAUCCGAAGCAGAACUACGAAUGUGCUUUCGAUAUCAUUACACCGAAUCCGGGUAGUCAUUUGGUCGAUGCGGAGCUUCUAUCCGUCGCAUAUGAAGUGGUUAAUGAACUGCCGUUGUUAAAGCAAAAAAAUAUAAGAAUACGAAUGAAUCACACGAGCCUGCUGCGUGCCAUUCUGUUGAAUUGUAAUGUUCCAACUGAAAAGUACGAUGAUUUGUUUGAAUGCGUUCUGGACUACAUAGAGGAGAGGAAAUCGAAGUUUCACUUGCAUUCGUCACUUUGUUCAAUCAUAGGAACGUCGAAGUCCAGUGUAACGUUUUUGAUGGACUUACUUCUAACUGAAUUCACUCUUGGAGGUCCAAAAUCCAAUCACGAUCAGUCAUUUCUGAGGAACUUUACUCGUGGAAAAGGUGAAGCAGCGACUUUGGCGAAGUCAGCGUUGAAAGAGUUAGAGCUGGUGGUUGCGUUGGCACAAGCAUUGGGUGUAUCUUGUCCUAUGCAAGUGUACGCGGGACUUCCCAUUGGAUAUAAACGUGCAAGCUCUGGCGGAAUUGUAUGGCAAAUGCUCGGCGAUCUCAAGCCAAACCGCACGGCCGGGCAAUCAGUUUUCGCAGUUGGUGAACGCUACGAUACAAUGUUGUUGGAGUAUCAAAAGCAAGCACAAACGUGUAACGUAUCGAUACCACAUCGACCUAUCAGUGGGGCCGGAAUAUCCUUCUCUUUGGAUAAGCUGGUGUCAGCUGUUGGGAAAAGCUUCGAAGAAGAAUGUCGAAGCAUUGAUGUAGUUGUCUGUGUAUCAGGAUCCAGGCCUCCUCUGAAAGAUGUCGCUCAUAUUCUUCGCACGUUAUGGUGUGCUGGUAUUCGUAGCGGCGUAGUUGAAGGGAGUGGACCGGACGAAGCACAAGAUCAUGCUAAAGAUUUAGGUGCCAGCCAUUUCAUACUGUUUGGUGAAUCGGGGUUAUUACGCGUACGAUCAUGGGUUCAUGGACGAUUUUACGAGCGCAGCGUUGGUCGAAGUGAACUGGUGGAAUAUAUACACCGUAUGCUCCGAAGCGAUACACAUCAACCAACCGAUUCUUCGGCGAUUCCGUUGGCAUCUACUUCAUCGGGAAAUAAUUUAAAUCACGCUGUAAACAGUUACAUGAAUAAUAUGCCUAAUGUAGACGUCUACUUCGUCGGUCCUGAAAAGUUAUCUUCAAACAUGAGGAGACGGAUUGAGAACCAAGUUAUUCAACAAAUGUUUUCAACGCUACAGCAGUUCGGGAAGAAAGAACACUUUAAGGUGAUAAUUUCUGAGAUACCGUCGGCGGUGGUAAAUGCUAUAAUAGGCGCAGUUAAUCCGAGAGUGCUUAAAGAAGAGACUGACAAAGAAAUGAUGUACGUUUACGAGCGAUUUCCGAAGCACAAACGUAUAAUCUUUGACAUUUACGAUCAGAUCGUAUUGAGUUUGGGGGCGAAACAUAAUACACCGAUUGUUGCCUUGUAUACAACGUCAGAAUCCUAUUAUCGGGUAUUCAUAUGAUCGCUCUGCUGAAAUGUUGAAUUUAAUUUUUAUUGAAAAUAAAAAAAAACUAUCGUUCUUAGUUAAAUACAUAAUGUUAGUAUUUUUUAUAAUCUAUUGUAACAAAACCAGCAUUUUUUUAAGAAACUUUAAUUAUUUUAAACCUUUUAAGAAAGGAAAAAUCUAGUACACCGAUUUGUUGUGAAGAUAAGACAGUGAUAUGUAUAAUAAAAGAAAAGCUCAACAUGA